AGUUAGCAUUUUAUCUGUUAUCACUGCAACAAAUAACACUCGUGCGAUAAGUCCGCACAAAUCUUAUAUCACCAUUAACAUUUUAACUACACAAUACCAACUAUAUUCAACGCGAUGGUACUCUCCAUGGCUAGAUGGGCUGGCAAAGUUGCCAUCGUAACUGGUGCCAGCUCUGGAAUAGGCGCUGCCAUCGUCAAGUCCCUCGUAGACCACGGCUUAAUCGUUGCAGGAAUUGCGCGUCGAGUAGAAGCUAUACAAGAAAACGCCAAACAACUUGCUGGAAAAAAAGGACAGCUCCAUGCUAUCAAAGCCGAUGUAACGAAAGAAGAAGAUAUUUUGGCAGCCUUUAAGUGGGUUUCGCAAAAUUUGGGGCCUGUUCAUGUUCUUGUUAACAGUGCGGGAUUACUGAAGGAAGGUCUGCUUACAGAUGGAAAAACUGAGGUCUGGAAGAGUGUUUUUGAUGUUAAUGUUCUGGGGGUGUGUAUUGCCACAAGGGAAGCUAUGAAAAUAAUGAAGGCUCAGGAUAUUAAAGGGCAUAUUAUACAUUUGAAUAGCAUCGCAGGACAUUUUGUGCCCAAUGUACCAAGAAUGAAUGUGUAUUCUGCUUCUAAGCAUGCGAUUUCGGCACUCACUGAGACGUUACGUCAGGAGUUAAAUCAUCUUCAGAGCAAAAUCAAAGUUACGAGUAUUAGUCCAGGUCUGACGUACAGUGAAAUGACUAUUCUUAACAAAGAAUAUAGCGAAGAAAGAAGGAAAUUUCUUGGGAGUAGGCCUAUACUAAAGGCCGAAGAUAUUGCGGAUGGUCUUGUAUAUGCGCUGUCUACUCCAGAGCAUGUUCAGGUGCACGAAUUGACCAUCAAACCGGUUGGUGAACCUAUAUAAGGUGCUAUACUGUGAUGGGUUACAAAAUAAGAAGAGGCAUGGUUAGUUUAUUGCAAAUAACUGUUGGGAUCUAUGGUAGAUAGAAAUUUAUUUGAUCUUUUAUGUCAUUUAAAGUGAACUAAAUUCGGUCUCUGAUUUUUUUUGUUAUAAAAGUUGUAGUAAUUUACGAAGGUGAAAAAUACGGUCUUUUAACAAGUUGACGACGCUUCAUAUUUUAUUUACAUUUUUUACACACUCUUAGGUUAAGCAUGACGAAAAAUAUUACAUUACAUGUUAUGUCCAUCUCUAAUUUUCUAUUUUUUCAGCAGUCAACCAAAUUUCACCCUGAACACUCAUUAUAAAGCCGCCUGGUUUCAUCUUCAACGGUUCUUGGGUUUUCUUAUUAACUGUAAACUUAUACUGCCUCAACAAUGCAGUUAACCCAACCUUCGAUUGCAUCAACCCAAAACGCAUACCUGUAACUCAUUAUUAGUAACUCUAACACAUC